AUGGGUAUUGAAAGUUCUGGUAUAAAAAUUAGUGCAGACUUGAUCAAGAACAAAUUGUUGCAAGAGAUAAAGUCUGAGGGCACUACUGUCUUUUAUACAAACUCUGGAAAACCACAACAUCACGGGAAUAAAAAUAGCAAACAGAGUAAACCCAAAGGACCCCGUUGUUUCAACUGUAACAAAUAUGGCCACAUAAGUAGUAAGUGCUGGUUUAAAAAUAAAAAGACUGAUGAUGAUAAAAAAGGAUUUGUUGCUGCAUUUUCAGCGAGCAUGGUGAAUGAGGCUGACAGCUGGUAUGUGGACUCCGGUGCCUCAUCGCACAUGACCAUGUGCCGCAGUUGGCUGCAGGACGAAGCAACACCGACCAUCAAGAGCAUCCGAGUAGCCAAUGGCAAGACUCUUCAAGUGGAAAGUUCCGGUAAUGUUCCUAUUAAAGUCAUUAAUCAUAAAACUGGAAAUGUUGAGAAGAUUCUGAUUAAAAAUGUUCUAAUGGUUUAA